UCGGAGAGCAUCGUCAUCCUGUCUACACCACGCCGCGAGCUGAAUCCAACGCUAUCACUGUCCUUCCCGCCACUGCUGCAACCUCGCCGCCCCAGCCCGAUCCUUUUGGCCUAGCAUAAAGCCUCCGCCCAGAGCGCUCGUCGUCCCUUCUUCCCUCAGAAAAUAUCCACUCGCGCCCUGAUUUAUCCGGCGGUACAUGGUUCGCUUGCUCCGCUAUGGGCAUCCUCGACUUAUCCAACGAGCUCCUUCGUGAGAUAUUAGACCACAUAGAAUCAGACCCCGAGAAGCUCAUAAGUCUCGACCGCCGUGCCUAUCUCUCCCAGGAAAGCUUCAAACCACCGCCGCCGCCGGACCGAGAUCAGGCCCAGGACAUCGCCAACUUCAGACUCACAUGCAAGCGGUUCUCAGAUCUCGGUGCACUGCAUCAAUUUUCUCGAGUAACGACCCGCUUCUCGAGGAAGGGGCUGAAGCGUCUGGAGAACAUUGCCAGCCAGGAGCAUCUUGCGAAACAUGUCAAAAAGUUCAGCUACAUGGUUCCGUUCUUCUACGUUGAAGGACGCGAACGCGUGCGCGAAUUGCUGCCCACCCUCCCUGCAAGUCUCGGGCCCCUCGACGUGAGACACUUCGUGCAGAAGGUCAAUGAACAGAGGGAGAUUGUCCAGACGCAAGAGGACGUCCGUGUCUUGAAGAAGGCCAUCUCGGCUUUUACUUCCCUGCAACAUGUGCAGAUUCUCCGACUGCAGGACCAGGAAGACGGCAUGCUCAUCUCCUACAUCCGACAGCACGACCAGCUGAGCCAGCUAGUCGAGUUGAAAUGGGCCCCGGCCUGCUCGCACUCUACGAAGACCAUAGGCGCUGCGCUUCUCGCGUCGCGGUCCCCGUGCUCCCGCUUCUCCUCGCCUAUGCUCAGCCCCCAGAGCGCCCUAGGCGCCGUAAACGACCCGCCGCCGACCUUAAACGUUCUCGCAGAACGCCUAACGUGCCUCGAAUUGCACUUCGAUGACGGUACAGACUUGGACAAUAGAAUGCGCGAGCUGUCGACCCUAUCCAAGGUCGUCUUCAACGCUGCUAAGAAUAUGCAAGCAGUGCAUAUCGGCUUCCCAUCUCACCGGCCACUAAGUCUGAAAUUAGAAGAGAUAUUUCAUAAUGUCAAAUGGGACAAGUUGCUCGCCUUCGGCAUCCAAGCAUGGAGACUUGACGCGGAGGAGAUCAUUGGCUUGGCCCGACGACAUCGAGAAAGACUCCGGGGUCUGAGAUUAAGAGACGUAUUGCUGAAAGAUGGCAGCCGAUGGAAAGAUGUGCUGGCGUUCCUCCGGGAGGACAUGAUGAGGUUAGAUUGGGUCAGCCUUCGGAGGAUCGAUUACGAGAAGCAUUUCGACGAGCAAUGGGUGCUAGGCGCCGAAGUGCCAGACGACCCACCUAUAGGAAGCGACAGCGACGAUGACGAGAGUGAUUGGGAUCCACACGAGGACGAUGAGCAUGAUACGCUAAACGGCAAUGUUGAUGACGAAGCCAGCGACGGCUCAUUAGACGACUCAGACUCGGAUGCAGGCACGGACGAGCCCGAACAAGGAGGUAAUAUCCAUUUUCCUCCGCUGUCACCAGACACGCCCGCUUCGGUGCCGUGGUGCAACUGCAGCGGGCACACCGGCAGCAUCGAAGCGCUAGGGGAUGACGGCGUGGCAGUGACCUAUUCGCAGCGGAAGUUCUGGGAGAAAUGGGUCGUGAGAAGGACAUGCGCAGAGCACUGUCAUAAGUGAGGGAUGCUGCAACAGAUGCCCUCAUUCGCAAAAGCAGAAGCGACACGCACUCUAGCUUUGCUUGCGCCAUUACCCCGCCGAGAGGAAGCAGUACGAACUGGGAACGAACAUGCGGGCAACAUUUAGCCUGUGCCACCAACAUACAUACACCCCACCACGCUUCGUACCGUACCGUCCGCAACACCAGGCAGCAUUUCGGCGCUUCUGCACAAUCCUCUAUCAACAUCCACACGGGCUCCGAACUGCGGCCUUGGCACUCCCAUACAGGUAUCCCUCAACCGCCCGCGCUCUUAACUUUCGGUCCGCCU